AGUGUUUUUCAGUUUUUGUGCAUGUGUUUAUACUGUUUAUCACUAUUUGUCUUUGUUAUUAUUAUCACCGGCUAUCAAAAAAUUGCAAAACAUGAUAUUGUUAUCAUCAUCAUCUCAGUUAUUAGGAAUGCAGCUCUUGUGACUGUUUGAUAAUGGCAUUAACAAUAGAACAGUGCGACACCCUUUUGGGUAUCCUAGAACCGCACAGCGUCCGAAAUUUCACCUUGGAAACCCUGUCAAAUGACAUCCGAAAAAAAUUCGACUCUUCAGAUUUUUUCAAAAUAGGAUCAUGCAUCGUAAUGUUACUUCAAAACAGCUUUUUGCCCGAACCAGAACAGCGAUUAGCUGCCAUAACACUUUUAUAUGAACUCUAUCGGGGUGAACCUUUAGCUAACACCCCAUUUGCCAACGUUUUCAUCCACUUGUUGUAUCCCCCUGAACAGCAGAGCAAUGUUGGAGCCCCAAAGCUUGAAUAUCCUGGUCAACUACCCAAGAUAUCAUCUCAAGAAAAGAGUUUUCUAACACAAUUGAUGUCUGAUAUGCCAAAAGAUGCUUUGUUGAAAAAGACUGCCAUGCAAAUCGUGAACGCCGAUGUACAACCUUCAAACAUUGUGGAUUUCUCAUCUAUUCAACUGACCUUAGCUGAAAAACAGUCUGAAUUACCACAGAGCUGCAAAACAGGCAUUCCCGUGAUACUGCCUUUACCUGAAAAGUCAACAAACAACUAUACCUCAGAUGCAGUAAAAGACAGUGAUAUAAUAAAGAAAUUAGUGAUUGGGGAAAACCCACCUAUGAGCCGUGUUUACAAACCUGAAUUUGUUACUCUUGCACCUCCUCUAUUAAAUUGCCAAGAUGAACUUGUCUGGUUCAAUUCUUCAGCCCCAAAAGAACACAAUGUCUGUUAUGACACCACCAUGUGUGUGCCUGAUGCAGGUUAUGAAGCAAGACAACUCAUGAAUAAAGCUUAUAAGUCAGCACUCUCAAUUCAACAACAGCAACAAUUGUUAGGUGAGUUAGAGAAUGAUUCCAAGUUGGUAUACCACAUUGGGCUUUCACCUAAUAAGCUGCCAGAUCUGGUAGAGAACAAUCCUUUGAUAGCCAUUGAAGUUCUGCUGAAACUGAUGCAGUCCAAGCAAAUUACAGAGUACUUUAGUGUGCUAGUAAAUAUGGAGAUGUCUCUGCACUCUAUGGAGGUAGUCAAUAGACUGACCACUACUGUGGACUUGCCUACUGAAUUUGUCCAUUUGUACAUCUCUAAUUGCAUAUCAACUUGUGAAACUAUCAAAGAUCGCUACAUGCAGAACAGACUGGUUAGGCUUGUUUGUGUAUUUUUGCAGUCUUUGAUCAGGAAUAAGAUCAUCAAUGUUCAGGAGUUGUUCAUUGAGGUGCAAGCCUUUUGUAUUGAGUUUAGUAGAAUAAGGGAGGCAGCAGCAUUAUUUAGGUUGCUGAAGCAGCUGGAGUCUGGAGAGCUGGGGUUAGUUUCUUCUCCCACUACUAAUAUCAAAGGGAAAUUGGAUGGUUGAGAGGAGGGACAUACUUGAGUAUUUCUUGUAAAUUCAAAUUAUACAUAUUUUUUUAGUGAAACUUCCUACCUAUCUCCUAGUAGUAUUACUAAUGUCUGAAUCUUAUGUAAUUGAUAUUUUGUUAUGGAUCAAAGAUAGACAAUAGGUUUAAAAAUAUCUUGGUUGCAGAUAUUGUAAUCUCCACAAAUGAAAUUACAUUUUUUAUGCAGGAAGCUUUGUUGAUGGAACUUUAUAUUAACUUAAGAUCUUUGUAGAUUUUAUAAUGAUAAAAUAAAAUUUAAGAUUUUC